AUGGAUAUGUCGAUGCACAGAGUUAUGAAGAAAGUGUUUGCGCAUACAUCUGCGGAACUUUCGUCAGAUUUCUUGAAGAAUUUUGAGGAUGUUUCUACACCAUUGUCAAAUGUUCAGCUUACAGAAAUCAGUCGGGAAGCAGGCGUUGACCUAUAUGAAGAUGGUGGCAAAUUUAGCAUGGCAGGGGAUUGGAACUCAAUGAUGUCGGCAUAUAAGCUCUUGAUUGAACUUCUCAAUUCCGUUUAUGGUAUUCCACCGGUAUCCACCUCAUUGGAUUACGAUGACGGUAUUCAGCCUACAUUCUCUAAUCACACUCCAGAAAAUAUUUACACAAACAGCUCUGUAAAACAGCCAGCAACUAUAUACCAUGGUAUGCAACAGAAUACACGAACAGAACAAACACCGAAACCAAAUGCAGGGAAGAGUAAGAUUCCUGAUCCAAUUGUGUUAACAUUUUCAUCCAAAGAUUUCAUGGCUGAUCAGCGAAAUACUGAAACAGAGAAAGUAUCUGAUACAGAUCCAAUGUAUGACGGAGAGACAGAAGACGAGGAUGAAGAAGAAGAAAAUGCGUCACCUCCAGAAAACGUCGUGAAUAGUAGUGAGGAUGACGAUAAAAACAAUAUCAACCUUGACUUUGAUGAGGAAGACACUGCAAUAAAUUAUGUGCAUAAGAAACAACAAGCAAAUCGUGAAGUUGUCAAUAGAAACAAAGAUAUCAAGCAUGAGUUUAGUAAACCUGAACAUACUGUAACAAGAACAAAAACUAAACAAACACUUCGUGUUGAUAAUAUUGCUAAGAAGAUUAGUAAAAUAUCACCACCAAAAAAGAAACACAAAAGGAAAGGUGUUCCAGUGAAACUACAAAAGACAACUCCUAAAAAAGAUUACAUUGAAAACAUGUGUGCACCAUCUGUUGAAAUAAAGCAAGAGGAAGGAGAUGAUGGUCCAAAGGAGACCGUAGAAAUAUCAGAAGGGGUGGAUGAAGCAGAUGAUGUUCAGGAGCCAGAAUUUGAUGAUAUAGAUGAUGAUGAUGAAAAUUACCAGGAAAAGCAAGAUGCCAAUGAUCAAGAAUGGCUUCCUGAUAAAACCUUUAAUGAUAAAGCUGAUGGCUUGAAAAUAAAAUUUGAAAGGAAAGCUGGCAGGAGGCAAGCAAGGAAAACGAGAACAGGACAGAUAAAGAAAUCCAGAGCGAAAAGAUCUCAAAAUGUUGUGAAAGCAUGUGAUUAUCCAUGCCCUUCCUGUUCUUAUGUAGCAAAGAAAAGAAGUCAGCUUGGUGAACAUUAUAGAAGAAACCACAGAAUGAAAAAAUGGAAGUGUGAGCAUUGUGAUAGAACAUUUGGUAUUCAUAAAGACCUGAAGCGACAUGUGUUGACACAUGUUGAACCUCAACAUUGUUGUGACACCUGUGGUAAGAUGUAUAAAUCUCUUCGAACAUUCAUCAAACAUAAGAAAGUUCAUGAAGAUGAUUAUGAAAAGCCUGAAUACCCAUGUGAUCAAUGUGAUAAAAGAUUCAGUACUAAAUAUGUAUUAAAUUAUCAUAUCAAAGCUGAACAUAUGGGCAUCAGAAAGAGUUUUUUGUGUCCGACAUGUGGCAAAAGUUUCACUCAGAAAAACUCUUACAUUCAACAUGCAAAUGUACAUAUGGGUCUAAGACCACAUAUCUGUAAGGUGUGCAACAAGUCAUUUGCGUACGAAAAGUCUUUAAAAGAACACAAAUACACCCAUGAUGAGGUGAAACGAUUCAAAUGUGAGGUAUGUGACAAACUAUUCCGACAAUCUUCUGCCCUUGCUAUUCACAUGAAAGUGCACAAGGGAGGGAAGGAUCAUCUCUGUGGUGUUUGUGGAAAAGGUUUCACACAAAAACAGGCUCUGUACAGACACGAAAGAAUUCACAAUGGUGAUAAACCUUUUUCUUGUGGUCUUUGUGCAAGAAAAUUUAGUGACACUUCCAUCAUUAGGCGUCAUAUGAUCUUGGUCCAUAAGAAAGAUCCCAAGAGAUGGAGAGAAGGUGUUAUAUCAGACCUGAAGGGAAAGGAAGGCUAUUUUAUUGAGAGUUUUGAUGGUACAGUUAGGCGAGGUGGUAGACCUAUUACAACUGGUGGGUCAGAUUUACAGACUGAAUCAGAAAACCAGGAAAAGGGCCUGUCUAAUGAACAGGAAGUUUCCAACAAUACAGAAAGCCAGACACCAGAGAUAAUGUCCAGCCCCGAGGCAGAAAAUAGAGCAGUGUUCAGUAAUAUAGUGGAACGGAUAAUUGGUGCUUCUGGUGAACAUCUAACUGGACAAAGUUCAGAGAAAUUAGAUCACCAUUUAGAGAGUGUUGAUUCAACAUCGGAACCAGUUGACAAUUACAUGUCUCAUCAAGAUCAACAGCAACAGCAGCCAUUACCACCUGUGACAACAGUACGACCUCUGUCAAGGACACUAGAUCAUGUGACCGCUGCUUCAGCCCAUGGCCUUUCGCCCCAGGAUGAACAAAUGGCAGCUGCAACUGCCGAGUAUCUACGUAAACAAGCUCUUCUCCAAGCAGUGAGUACCAUGCAUCAUCAGGAACAAGUUCAGGCUCAAAAUCAAGGACAAUCUCAAGGUCAAAGUCAUACAACAAUGCACCUACCCCACCUUCCCUAUACUGUAGAUCCUUCUACAGCUGCCAUUGAUCAGGUGACGCAUUUGCCACAUCAGUCUGCAGCUUAUAUGUCCGGUGUUGGCCCUGACAGCUACUCGGACCUUCGGAGAAAAGACAGUCGUGAUGGUCAGAAUUCUGACCACACUUUCACAGACAUGCAGCAACAAGUUCACGACUCCAAUCAAAGACAAUACGACAAUAAAACCCCAGGGCAAUGGACUGUUCCUCCAUUUCCCUAUCUGUACAUGCACCAGAACUAUAAUCCGCUUCAAUACCAAAACCAAAACCAAUGAUGAUAAAUCAAGAUAUUGGAUACUUACUAAAUUUAUGGUCAGUAGCUUUGAAGUCAAAAUUGAUAAGAUAUAAUGAUAUCUAACAUCCUCUCUGGUCUUCAAGUAACAAACUUUAAGUAAUCAUUAACUGUAUCUUUAACUUUAGGAAUUUUUCUAAUAUUUUAUAAUGAAAAUUUGGAGAACUUUAAUUCUAAAUAACAUUUUAAUCAUACUGGUACUAGAAA